AUGGUGUGCUUCUGUUUUUUGGUUGACCAGACGAGGAAAGUGAGGCAGAGCAAGCCGGCCGCCGGAAUAUGCUCGAGGUGCGGCGGCGGCGCCAGCGUGGCGGACAUGAAGACGGCGACUAGGUUCUGCUACGUGCCUUUCUAUUGGAGGACUUGGAGGGCAAUUAUGUGCACUUUCUGUGGCGCCAUAUUGAGGUCAUAUCGGGUAUAUUGUAACGGGAAAAUAUAUAUGAAGGAGUGGGUGGUAGUAUCCGAAAGUCUUGGGAGCCUAACAUGGUGCCGUGGGUAUGGCCUACGGGCUUUGGCGCAGUCCAUUUCCUCACAGGGUCAUGGGCCUGGCCCUCUUGGCUCUAGACCUGGACAAAAGUGGUUUCGGGCCAUGUUCUGGGCCAAGUGUAAUAGAACCCUAACUAGCCUGGACAUAUGCACGAGCCGGUUCGGUGAACCAACAGUUUUGGCCGGUUCGGUGAUCCGCCAGCCCUGGAGUGGGCAUGAUUAA